CGCAGAGUUACAUGUAGUCAUAACUGAAAUGCACUUCUAGGCCUGUGAUUUCCCCUGCAUUCUUUCCAAUUUUACUGCCUCCUUUUGGACCAUUUCGACCACAUCAUAAGGAGGAGCGCGAAGUGUCCUUUGAUUUUAACAGAAUCGCAACUUCAUAACCCAAGGCCUAGAAAUCUGUCAAGAUCUGCAUCAACAGGUACUUUUCCAGUCACGAUGUAAAACCAAUGGAAGCUGCAUGACGAUGUCUCAGGCAGAUGAGAUAGGAAGUACAAGUUCCCUCGAGAGAAAGUACUGCGAGAUCAAGUUCCACCUUCAGUUAAGACAAAAUAAACCCGGGAUGUCCUCGACACUAGUGGAAACAGUCUCCAUCAACUACGAGGACUUCAACGAUAGUUUCCUGACAUGCGGGACAUGUCUGUGCACGUACGACGGCCAGGAACACAACCCGAAACUCCUACCAUGUUCACACACCGUUUGCCGAAACUGCCUCGAGCGCAUAGCCGAAGCUUCAACUCGUGAUACGGGAACAUUUCGUUGUCCGAUAUGUCGGGAAACCAUCACAAUCCCUCGCGGAGGAGUCAUUGCCUUUCCUCCGAGUUUCAUCGUGAAUCAGCUCCUGGACCUCAUGGCGUCCCAGCGACGUGACGUCAUUCCAAAAUGUUCGAACCACACAAGCCAGGAGCUGUUAUUCUGCGAGUCAUGCGAUACUGUGUUCUGUAACAUAUGCACAGGCGGAAACCACAAUGGUCGUGGGGCCAGCGAGCAUACCGUCAUACCAUUUUCGAUUGCGAUAAAACGCAUGUCUGAGAUACUACUUUACAAGGCACACCUAUGUAUACGUAACCUAAACACUGCCUGUGAAAUCGUUGGGGAUGAGAUGACCAAGCUAGAAGACAGUGUCGACCGCACGAUGGACUCGGUGAAUCGGUCAUUCCAAGAUUUGAUUGGUGCGGUCGAUAAACGGCGUCACGAUGUUCUUCAGAUGGUGAAAAAGAUCCGCGAUGAGAAGAAGAGGGUCCUAAAGGAACAGCUAGAUCUGAUUCAGACAGAAAAAUCGAAGGUCCAAAACGAAUGUGAAGGAUUGCAGUACCAAGUCGAGGUACGAAACAUCACAAAAAAGAUUGGCGAUCUGAAUGAGAAGUUAGAUGCGCUUAGUCUAUUGUCAGAGCCACGGGAAAAUGCCUUCAUGAAGUUCGAUUACAAGCACAAUAAUGCACUACAGGGUAUUGUAAGCGCGAUGAAUAAUUUCGGUCGAAUACGCAUCAGUACGACAUAUCCAGCCUUAUCCACUGCCCAUAUUCGGAAAGCUGUGACGCACCUGAAAUCGUCGGUUCUGAUAACCACUGUGGAUUAUCACGGGAAUCCUCGCACCACUGGUGGCGACCCCAUUCAUGUUGAAUUACGCAAUGAGAAGAAUGAAUCUCUGCAAGUCAGAUUGACAGAUUCGGACGAUGGUACGUACAAAAUCUCAUAUACAGCUUUCACGAGCGGGAAACACAGGCUGUCUGUCAACAUCUUUGAUCGACCUAUCAAGGACAGUCCAUUCGUGAUAGACAUUUCUGAGCACAACAAUCCUGUGGCUAGAUUUGGAAGUCGUGGCACUAACAUUUCAAAUUUCGUUCAGCCAGUCAACGUUGUUGUGGAUCGCACUGACAAGGUGUACGUUCUGGACACUGGGAACAGUCGCAUCAAGUGCUUGAACAAGGACUUUGCGUUCUUAUCUCACGUCAAUGAUACGGGUCUUGACAACCAGAGUGGCACGGGAAUAGCCAUGACACCGGGCGGACAUCUUGUCAUCGUCAACUGGCGUACAAAAUACGUUACGGAAAUCUCACCCGAGGGUGAACUCGUCAACAAAUUUACGUCGCGUGAGUUCGUUGAGCCGAUCAACUUGGCCGUGAACAGCCGAGGUGACAUUAUCGUUGCAGAUAAUGGUGCAGGAAAACUAUUCGUCUUCAAUUCAUCAGGGCGCAUGAUCAAUAAGAUUGGGACCAAAGGAGACAAGCCAGGUCAGUUCAAGCUGAUGAGUUCCAUUGCUGUGCGGGACCGGGACGAGAUUGUCGUCGCAGAUAAUCGUCUACAAGUUUUCAGCCGAGACGGGAAGUUCCUGCGACAGAUUGUUGCAGAUGUCAAUGCCAAGGGUCAGUAUGGAGGUGUGACCGUGGAUCACCAGGGUUAUAUUCUCGCCACACGUACAGAAAAGGGGCGGAGCAUUAUACAAGUGUUUGCGCCUGACGGGAAGUUCCAGUUUGUGAUUGACAGUUUCGACGACAAGUUGAAGCGACCAAGCGGCUUGGUGUGUACGCGGGAUGAGCAUGUAGUUGUCGUAGAUCUAGGAAAUGACUGCAUCAAGAAAUAUAGGUACAAAUAGAUGAAGUCAAGUUUAGGUGCAAUUGAGGGAUCGUUUCUGGUGUUUUGGAAAGUUAUUUUAGUCCCAAUGUUAUUUCUGAUUCUAACCACGUAAAUCACUUAUCUUGGGAUUGUACCUUCAACAAAAUAUUACGAAACGACCCUGAAAGGUUUUUAUGAGAGGAUCUGAGGUUAAAAAAAACCUGGGAAACUAUAACUGACGUUAACUGUCAUUUGGCUUAAAUAUUAUAAGGUGUGCAAUUCAAAGAGGCAAUAUAUUUUGAUACUUUCGAAUACUUGUAUUUCUCAGAUCUUUUUGGAAGUGAAAGUCAAGAGAAUGGGGUCCAUAGUAAUAUUUGUCCCAACUUGAAUGUAGGGAAGGUGACAGCUUAUGUUUUCAGUGCUAAAAAUCUGAUAUGCAGAAUCAACACUUAAUUUAAGAUGCAUGUAUGAUUGCAGCGCGUUCCUUCAUUUGAUUUGGGAUAAAUUUUACUGACAGUUGAGUUUGUACAGUUCAGACAUUUGCACUAUCUCUCUAGACAACCAAGAAUUAAUAAAGACUAGUCUUUACUAAUCCUUGAUACAACAUAUACUACUGCUACUAGGGACACAGGAAUUUUCUCUCGGUGUGAUUUUACUUGACUUGCAUCAUGUGCUCUGCGUAAAUAAGAAACUGUAUCGGUGACAUACAAUAUACAUUAAUCUUCAAUUGUCAGCUAGGUGUUGCUGUCUAAAUUAUUGUUUACAUUCAGUAUUUGCAUAUCAUGUGCUGUUCAUGUGUCAGGAUCAGCCAGGUGGAUUGAAAGUCAGUUAUUUGUUGAAAUAAAAUAUGACCAAUGUGACAAGUGUGCCACACACACAGCAAGAUGACAUAGAUCAAGUAAGUUGAUCCAUAAUUGGGAUCAUAUAUUCAAUUAUAACAUCAAUUGUCAUGUAUAUUUUGUUUGAGGAUGGUCAUCCUGACAAAUAUUAGAUCCCAUUUGACAAGUCAUAGAAUGAGGAACUUUAUUACCAGUAGGUGGCAGUAGUUAACAGUCCAGUACAUGAUAGAUUUCCAGCCUUCAAAUGUGACCCUAACCCCAUACCCGUAUUUGGAAUAUAUGGGAUUUAGUUUGCCUUUAACCCUUUCAGUCUAACUGGCUCAUCAGGUCCAAUAUGGAAAUUGACAGCACUGCUUGUACAAAGUACCAUCAUUAUCUGGCAAAAGGGUCGGGUAGCCAUUCUGUAACUCAAAGCAUCAUAUCACUUGCUUUAUACAUAAUUAGUGUGCACAUGGUGACUGGUUCAUCAAAGUAAUUUAAAACUCUCUCAUUAGCAUAUGCUAAUAUAUGUUGAUGUGUAUGUACUCACACUGCGUGCUAUAAGGAUAUGUCAAAUGGUCACAUCCUAUAAUGAUUACUCUUCACCGUAUGCUCUUCACUUAUCAGCUUAGAAACUAACGUUUCUUAGUGUUGCUUAGAAACUGGAGGUUUCUUUAAAUAGUAUAGAAUACGUUUCUACAGAUUUUUAUGGUGUUGCUUAGAAACUAGUUUUCUUCAUAGGAAUGACAUGGUUCUGUAGUGUUGCUUGGACACUACCCAUUUCUAUGGUGUUACGGAGAAACAAUGGUGUUGCUAAGAUACUGUGCUUUUGCUUGGAAAAUGUACUGUUGCUAAGAUACUGUACUGUUGCUGAGAAACUGCAGUGUUGCUUAGAAACAUGAGAUAGAUAUUGUUGCUGACUUGUUGCUUAAAUUGUUUCUAAUGUUGCUGAAUUUUAAGAAAGUGCUGAACUGCAAUGGUGACUAGCAGCUGAUGCAUUGUUGCUAAGGCAUGAAUAAAGUGUAAAUGAUGCUGCUAGAAAACACACCGUUGCUAAGGAAAAUGAUAAAAUUCUAGGUGAUAAAUAUAUGUUCAAUGUAUUUAAGAGAUGUCAGAUGUUGACCCAUCAUCAUUCACCAGCCUUGCUACAGUAAUGAAUUGGUAAAAUGUGACCAAACUUUACAAAUCUAAUGUAUUGUUGAAUUCAACCUGUCUCACAAUUUAUGAUGGUUGUCAUGGUAACUCAUGCAAUGAUGGUUCUCAUGGCAUCUCUAACACUUAAAUGGUUGUCAAGGCGAUUCAAGUCCAAAUCUUUGAUGGUUGCCAUGGCGAUUAAGCUCUAAAUUAUUAUGGUUGUCAUAAUAUGGCGAUAUUUGUCUGUAUCCCUGAUAUCAAAUCAAAAAGUCAUGUUUGGUAAUUGUUUAGAUUUUGAUCAUUUUGUAGAUAAGUUUGUCUUGUUUCCUGUUCCAUGAAUGUUGAAAGAGCUCUUUCAUGUUGUUGCUAGAUUACGAGUAAAUCAGGAAGUGUCCAUUUCAUAUGGUAUAAAAAUGAUUAAAAAUUGUGAUUUUUGAGAUAGCGUGCCAAACCUUGAAAUUUAGAAUAGCAAUAAUUUAGAAAAUUUCGAUUUUUUUUUUUUUUUGGAAAAGUUGAAAGGUAUUCUAAUCAUGUUCAGCAUCUUUGAAAGUAUAAAGAUAGUAAGACUAAGAUUCUUGGUGUUAAUAUCAUCUCAAAAUUUCUUUGAACUUUUUGCAUGAUUCUGGUGUAUGAUACAACUUAAAUGGUAAAAUACACUCCAGGUAGAUAGUAUUUAUUGGUGUACAUGUGUAUAAUCAGGAAGUAGUUUCACGACGUAACACCAGGUGGCAUAGCAAUCUAUCCAAGAAAUGCACUGUUGAAAUUUUAGUUCUUAUUAUUAUGUUUCUGAACAAUAAUAUGGCAAGCCGUUCGCUUCAAAAAGUCGAAAUGAUUUAUUUUCUAGUCGAAAUGAUUUUUUUCUAGUCAAGAUAUUUUUUUUCAAGUCAAGAAAAAAAAAUUGAAAUUAAAUUUUUUUUUCAAGUCGAGAUAUUUAUUUUUCUUCUCAUUUAAAAGUGGAAUCAAUUAAUAAAAAUUUCACUGCGAGAAAAAAAUGAUUAUAAAAAUAAAACUAGUGUUUGUAAAAUAUAAUAAUGAUACAUAAUAAAUACCGAAAUAGUGUCGAAAGUAAAAAUUUCAUACUCGAGUAAAAAUUUCAUACUCGAGAAAAUAAUCAGUCGAGCGCUACAAAAAUAAAGUCGAACAUUAUGACGUCAUCAGUUUUUGUGUACAUUGCGCGCGCCGUUCCAAUUCAACACCUGGCCAGCCGCGAUCAGGCCCGUGUGUCGUGUUAUUCUGCAAACCCUCUAUCGCGUGCAAUACCUGAUCGUUAGUGCCUUGCGUUAGUGCUGUGCAUAUGCACCAAGACCUCCGCAAAAUCUUCUGCCAAAACGGAACCGGCACCGAAGUGAUCGCAUGCACGUAUAUACAGCGCACUCAGAAUUCCUAGAAUGUCAUCUAGUAGCCUGGAACAGUUCUCUAGUUUGUUUUGAUCUAAUGAUUGUCUGGCCCUUUCAGAUCGCCGGACCAUAGCGGGACACUGACGCAGACACUCGGCAAUGUCAACAACAUCGCCUCCCGCCAUCUUGCAUACUGUAUAGGCUGGUCCCCUGCUAUGUAUAUAUGUGGGCAUUAGGUCUCACUAGCCAGUGCAAUGGCCGGGCCUACCUGGCUCCACAAAUGGCGUGACGUUAUUUCAUGCAUACCCCUGUUCAAGUGGCUGUCGACCUUGCAGUAUAUCACUCUCACACAUAAACCUAUACAUUUCUGAAUAGCUUGCCGCUUCUAGAAUACUUCUGACCAGCUUUCAUUGUUAUCAAGUAAUUCAGUCAUGAGAACAUGGGGGCAGCACAAUACAUGAGACACCCUGUACAUCGAUGAAAAUUUUGAAAAUUUCACCUUGCCGCCUUAUAACUUGACGAUUAACAUGGAUGGUGAAAUAAUAUUUUUAUAAACUUCUACUUAUCACCUUGAGAAAGCAAAAUAAUAACAAUUUUAAAUUUUGAUACCAAAAUAGGGUGUCGUUGCGGCUUUUCUUUGAGCAUUUUGACCGCGAAGUCUCACCUUGAGAACAUGUGCACUCUGACAGGAACCAGUUCAUGUCAACAUCCGAUUGAGCUAUACAUAGCAUGCGAGGCCUGGUCACUGCGGACGUGCACAGAAGAAGCUGAUAUUUUCCUCAAAUAAUCGUCAGAGCUACCUCUUCACAAAAUACCCAGGACACCGACAUUUGAACAUGCAGCAAUAGCGAUAUGAUAGGCUUAUCUGUAUCCAUGGUAAUCGCCUGAGAUUGAAGAACUUUUUUUUUAAUACUGUACACGAAAAGUGAUGACGUGAUAAUGUUCGACUUAUUUUUUCUGUCUCGAAUGUGUUUUUUUUGUUGAAUAGGAAAUUUGUCAUUUACAAUACAUUUGUAUAUAAAAAAAUUAAUGAAAAAUUUUUUUUUUUACUUAAAAAAAAAUAUGUAUAUAUAUUUAAAAAGUCGACUUAAAAAAAAACUUGUAGAAUUGAAAAAAAAUGUGUAAACUUGAAAAUACUAAUCUCAACUUUUUGAAGAAAUUCCUUGACUUGAAAUAUUUUUUCUUGACUUGAAAAAAAAAUCUCGACUUGAAAAAAAUCAUCUCGACUUUUUGAAGCAAACGGCUUGCCAUACAAUAACUCUUAAUUUGUGCCCAAAAACUUUGCAAAGUCAUAUUAUUUCAGACAUGGCUGCUCUGAUAUCAUUAUAUAAUUUGUGGUAAUUUUAUUCCCAUGAGGAUUUGUUGUCUAAGUCAAUAAGGGAUGUCAAAUGUCCAACUUAAAGCGUAUUUCAGAUUUUUUCCUCUUGCUAAAUGCUGAAAUUGACAGCUGGAACUGAAGAAUCUCUAUCACAGCUCUCUGUGAAUCUUUGAAUUUUCAAAAUUGGACCAAAAAUAAGCAUUUUUGAGGCACUUUUGUACAAGUCAGUGCUGAUCAAAGAACAGGAUUUUAACAAGAGGAGAAUUUCACACUUUUGCCUUAGCUCCUUGGCAUCCCUGGUUAAUGUUAUUUGAUGUUUUACCUAUGAUUUCAGCUUACAGUAAAGGUGCCACCUAAACCACAUGUUCCGUAAUUCUGUCAAAUUUAUUAUGUAGCAGUAUAUGUUGCACACAUUUGUUUUGUAUAUUGGUAAUUAAAAACUUAUCCACCUAUCAGUCUUCUUCUUCACGAUAUCAAAUUGUCAAACUAAUUUAGUGACUAUAACAGAUUUUGUGCACUGUAGUUUUCACUUAUCUAGAAUUCCAUAUACGCCUAAUUGUUUAAAGGGAACUAUGCUGGGAAAGUGCAUGGGUGGUGUCAAUUCGGCAUUCAGCCUGAUGUAGGUAUGGUGUCACAGUGGUGUUAAACCGAUCGACAGGGCAAAUUGGGUGUUCAUCGAUGAAAUCAACAAAGACAUGGGAAGAUGUGCGGUUUCUUGCACGAACCUAUUUUUUGAAAAGACGACAUUCGAUUUACAAGUUAUGGUUGACACAACUUAGAAAUGAGGGGCACAGUCAAUUCUGUGGAUGUGUGCAGCAAAACUCCCUAAAUUAGCAACAAUUUGCAAAGCAGGGAUCCGUGCCUGUCUGAUAUAGUCCCUUUAAAAAAGAAGAGAGCACAUCACUUCAGAUUAGUUUUGAUCUUCGUAUUUAUAGGGAUUUCAUAGUUUCUGCCAGGUUAAAUUAUGUGCAUAUUGUGCUGAAAAACAUCAUUUUGAAGAAUCGUGGACAAGUCACGUGCCAAAAUACAUGACUCUAUCAUUUAUAUUGUGUUAUAUUACUAUUAUUUGGUGACCAUGGUAGGUUGAACACACACAAUGUAACAAUCACAUCUUUCAAAAAACCUGGGAAAAUUUAAUUUAGUGUCUCUUAGGUUUGUCUUUUAAAAUGUGAUACACUUGUCGUGGAAAAGAAUUGAUCUCAACAAAUCUGAAAUUCUUAACCAAAUUCUUCGAGAUCUGAAAGUAUUGUGUGCUAACCUGACUCCUAGCUCAACUUCCUGUUAUUUAAAGCUGAACUGUUUACUGUACACUCAAAGCCACACCAUGCAAGUAUUUGCUCCAAUGUUCUUUCGAUUUGAACUAACUGCAAGUUUUUGCGAAUAUAUACUUUUUGAAAUGCUUUGAAAAAUGCAGUUUUUCCUACUUUACGCGUCAUAUUGUUUGAGGUAAACUGCCGACAAUUUGGAGUGCAAGAAUAGUAUCCAGUUCAGCUUUAAGUCGUUUCCCCCAUCUGUACAUAACAUUAUCGUCAUUAUUGUUUAAUAACCUACUUGGUGGCGUUGUGUGAUUGUCAUCUGUCUUCACCGCUAUUCGAGACUCAUGCAUAAUGUCGCAAUAAACCUGCUGAAAUCAUCAAAAUCA